GACAAUUCUUGUGUUGUCAUGACGAGCCUGCUAUGGUUAACAGCAGAAGAGGCUGCAAAGAACAGAGGCAAAGUUCUUUCCUUGUACCGCCAGUUACUAAGGAGCGUGAACUCACCGAAACUGCAGCUUAGUUACGCUUCAAGACUCGCCAAGAAAGCUGAGAUUAAGACCAUCUUCUUGUUUGGCUCCGAAGAGAUUUCCAAACACAACGUCGCCGAUCUCAUCCGUACCGGUGAAUAUGCUCUUUCUCAGUUGAAACAAGGCAAGAUCCCAAACAACACUACUCAGUAUUGAGCCAUGUAGUUGCUUCCAUUUGCAAAUCUUCAUGCAUUCACAAACGGUGUGACGCUCUUUUUGUUUAUUUGAGAACAUACAUUGAAUCAGCUUUCCCGUACAACGUUUUGGUUCGAUGCAGUUUGAAUAAACAAGUGAUUACUUGUAA